AGGUGGCGCGAUUCCACCCGCCACUGAACACACGAAGAAGAAGUGAGUUAGCAGCAGCAGAAGAAGAGCUGCAGCGUUUCUCUGUUUGUUUCAAACUUCAUCAAACUUCAUCAAACUUCAAUAAAACACCGGACAGUGAAGAUUUCCUCCGAGAAGCCCGCGGACCUUCGGCCGGACUCGAUUAAAAUGUUUCUCUUCAGUCGUCGUGCAGCUCUGCAGCUUCACAGGCGUUACCACGGCAACACGUUACCCACGCUCACUCUGUUCACCAAGGAUCCGUGUCCUCUGUGCGAUGAAGCUAAAGAAGCUCUGCAGCCGCUCAGACAUCGAUUUGUCUUCCAGCAGGUGGACAUCAGCCGUCCGGAGAACAGAAGCUGGUUCGACAGGUACAGAUGGGACAUACCUGUUUUCCACCUGAACGGACAGUUUGUGAUGAAACACCGAGUGGACGUCGCCCUGCUGGACAAACUGCUGCAAGACGCCGAGACACAGAAGACAUGACGACGCUCAGUUUACACCUGGAUAAUAACUAAUAAUCAAUAAAUAACGGUCAAUAAAUCUG